AUGCAAGAGUUGAAGGAGGCGAUCGACGCCGUGCUGCACCCCUCGCUGGGAGCGCGUCGCGUCCCCGCGCCGUUGGCCGAGAGGCUGUUCGGGCUCAGCCAGGGUGCCCGCCCGUGGAUGAACCUCGGAGAGCACGCUCGAGAAAAAUUCUUCGCAGUGAAGGCCGAGGAGGCGCUCGACGAUUUGUCGUACGAGGAGCUGAUCCAGGAGUUUUACCAGCGCAAACUCGCCCUGUGGAACAAACUGAAGGAGGCGUUCGAGCUGUUGGGCGGCGAGGACGGCAAACAAGAAUUGUUGCUGCAGCAGCUUGCAGCCAACCAGCUCUUUCGAGCCAAGAUGGGGCACAAGUUGUCGAGCAUCGUGCGCGAGGGCCGGGUGCAGUCGAUGGAUGACGCCUUCUUCGCCGCCGACGAGAUUGUGAGCUCGGUCGUCGGGCAGCUCGCG